UGGAAAUACUGUCUCUAGUCAUAAAAAUUGUCCAUUAUCCCGUUUCACAUUCUGCAAAAGUGAGCUCUGGAGGACCAUGCAAGAGCAGAGAAGGCCGGCACGCGAGAGAUAGCUUUCCCGAGAAGGAAAUUUCGCCGGUCUCCGAAUCAGGUGGGGUGAUCGACGUCACUGCAGAGAAAGGCGAAUUGCUGCAUUGAAACACCUCAAUCUGCUUCUAUUUCUAUUCCAUUUGCUGCUCUCACCACGUCUGUCUGCCGUGCUGUCUAUACAGCCCCGGAAUCCUCAUUGCGGAGUGCACCCGAUACCCUCCCGCCAUCAACGCCACAAUCCGCCCACGGUCGUCCAAGAUCCCAGAACAAACCCCUCACGUACGCUCAUGCUUUGAGUUUCCACUUUUGAAGCGACGUCAUCAAUACAUCCCCACGUUGCAUCGUUUCCCUUAAACCGAUAGGACCUAUUUGCAGAGACUACCUAUCUCGAUUCUAUUUGCAAACUACAUGUCCACCAUGUCGCAGGCAGGGAUUCCCGAGCUACGUCGAGCGUCCCAGACUGCUGAGAAUCAAACCGUCUUGAAAUCGGAGAUUCCGCUGAAGGAACGGUUCUUCCGCCAUUUUCAACAUGAGAUCACCGCUCUCCAGGCAGAGAUGGAACGGCUGGCCGAUACGUCCCUAGUCGGAGGGGAGCGGGCGGAUGCGACAGACCAUUGCCUUGCUGGGAUUGCCCGACUCUCAAACGAGGUCAAGGAUGCUGCUAGUUACAUCCCCACCUAUGACCAACGGAUAUAUGCAGAAGCUAUCAAAGCACUUCAAGAUAAACUGUCCGAGACUCGUGCUUUAUUUGAACCACGUCCCAAAUUUAGCUUUAAAACCAAGAAGAACGCUUCCGCUAUCUCACUCUCAGAUGCUGCGGAACUCGCUUCGCAAGGCCGUCGUGGCAUCCCCGGAUAUUUUUCUGGGACACCGUCCCCAGAUUCAUCUCUGAUUGGAACCCCGAACUAUCCUUCGACACCCCUAGGGGAACCAGACCGACAACAACAGCUGAGGCCGGAGAUCGCACCCACAUCAUUUCCGGUAGACGCCCUAGGCACCACCCGAAACACUUCCGAGAAGCCGGACCACAAGGCCCGGGGUACCUUUCCACCCACCGCUACGACGUACGUGUCUGUGGAUAAUCAUCAUGGCUUACACAUUAUGCUCCCAGCGACAGCAUCAGGCCCAUCAGUACCUGCCUCUAUCACAUCGCUUCGCCGCUGUGUUGUCGAUAUGUCAAUUCCUACGGCUAACGGUAAACCAUAUGCCACUCUGACUAUCAAGGGUGUCAAGCAGAGCCUGUUGGUCUGCGGUCAAGUCAGCGGUCCUGCACAUGUGACCGGUGUCGAGGAUAGUGUGAUAGUAGUGACUUGCCAGCAAUUCCGCAUGCACAACUGUGUAAACGUGGAUGUCUACCUCAGCUGCGCUAGCAAUCCCAUCAUUGAGGAUUGUACUAACAUCCGAUUUGGAAGGAUUCCACGAGCUUAUGCCCUGGAGCAGAACUUUAGCGACGAGCAGGACCGUUGGAGCCAGGUUGACGAUUUCAAAUGGAUCAAGCCCGAACCUAGUCCGAAUUGGAGUAUCUUAGAUCCUAUCGAUGCUGUGCCGGAGGAAGUGUGGGCUGAGAUUGUUCCUGGCGGGCCAGGAUGGUCGUCGGACGAUAUUCUGCGAGCUACUCGGAUUGUCAAGGACUAAAUUGAUGUUGAGCGAAGUCGAAAAUUGAAACUUAUCGCCUUAUUAGGCCAGAAUAAGCGCUUCCUUCCUUGGACAUGUUCUUUUUAACUAUUUUAUUAGUAGCUAAUUGUUUUUGGUCUAUGUGGUUCGCCUCCUGGUCUGUCUUGUCCUUGCCCAGAGAGACUGAUGCUUUCAGUUUGAGAUUGGAAUGACAACUCAAUUAUGUAUUCUGUGUCACUCUUAGGAAAUUGGCGUCCUCUCUUGUUUUUGGUCUUCUUACAAAUUUAUAUCUUCCUACUCCUCAAUUCGGUCGAUUCGAAAUACUAAAUCUCAU